AAUUCUGCAGGACCAAAUUGAAGUAGCAAAAUCGCAGCUUCCGUUUAAGAAAAACCCAGAUUUGGGUUUGAGAGAAGAAGAAGAAGGUCGAUGGCGAUAGUAACAGAAGGCGCUGUGUUGGUUGUCGUCGACGGUGAUGAUCAUCACUUGCUUCUCCGUCGUUUGAGAAAACCCAGAGCUUGGGUUUGUAAAGGUAUCGAGCGUCCACUCCAAUGUGUAGGCACUAUGCUCCUUGUCGUCGAUGACAACGAUCAUCACUUGCUUCUUCGUCGUUUGAGAAAACCCUGAGCUUGGGUUUGCAAAGAUUCAAUCUUGCUUCUCAUAACAAGAAAACAUGUUUGGGGAUGCAUGCAGCAGUUCAUUUGUUGUGUUUUGAUUCAUAUCUUGAUAUAAUAGUGGCAGCUGGCCUUUUGAUCGCAGAAUUGCCAUGAACUAAACCUCCGUUUCUAGUCCAAAAUGAUCUGAUUGGUUAAAGUUGCAAGUGGCCAGUUCGUAUUCCAGCCAUGGUCCCGUUGAAAACAUCAAAAAUGAUAAAGUCAAAGACAAUUUGGUAAAAUUUUAUUUUAUUUUUUCACAAUUAAACAAUAUAUGUAUUUUGAAAAUGAUUCUACUUAAUUUGUUACUUGUUUGUUACUUGACACUGAACUUGGAUACUCUAUAUUUUGAAUAAGCAACCAGUUGGUUGGACCGAGUCCCUUAUAACCAAUAUAAUGUGGAGAAAUCUCUUAGCUCAAGCCUUGUAUCAGAUUGCUAUCCUCCUGGUCUUCCAAUUCAAAGGUGAAUCCAUAGUGUCACACCGGGGUAAAUGACUCGCUGAUGUUCAAUACUUUCGUGUUGUGUUAAGUUUUUAACGAGUUCAACUCAAGGAAACUUGAGAAAAAGAAUGUCUUCAGUGGAAUUUUGAAGAACAAAUUGUUUUUGGGAAUUGUGGCGGUAACAGUCAUUCUUCAGGUGGUAAUGGUGGAGUUCCUGAAGAACUUUGCUAAUACGCGGAAAUUGAAACUUUCGCAAUGGGGAAUUUGUAUUAUGACGUGGACCAAUAGAGGGACGAAUUCGUG